AUGAUUAACAUUGGAAUAAUAGGAGUAGGUUUAGUUGGUUCUGAACUUAUUUCACAAUUAGCAGCUUAUGCUAGCCAUGCUCCAAAAAUUUCUGUUAUUGCACUCACGAACUCUUCAAAGCAACUUUUAAGUACAUCAGCUUAUUCACCGCUUGAUCUUUCUACAUGGAAACAAGCCUUGCAAGCCCAAGGAACUACAGCAAAUCUUUCGGUAUUUAUUGACUAUGUAUCCAAUAGUCCAGUGCCGGCAAUAAUCAUAGACAAUACGUCAAGUCAAGAAAUAGCUUCUCAAUAUCCUUUAUUCUUAAAAAAAGGCCUACAUGUCGUAACUCCCAAUAAGAAAGCAUUUAGUGGUGCUGAAACAUUGUAUAAAGAAAUCGUGGAAGAGGCCAAAAAUAAUAAUAAGCUCGUUUUUAACGAGAGUACUGUUGGCGCAGGUUUACCUAUUAUCAAUACAUUAAAGGAUUUGAUUAGAACUGGUGAUAAAAUUAAUAGGAUUGAGGGUAUAUUCUCAGGAACUUUAAGCUAUAUUUUUAAUGAGUUUUCGAAGUCAGGUGAUGAUGGUCAAAAAUUUUCCGAAAUUGUUAAAGUUGCGAAAAAGAAUGGUUAUACGGAACCAGAUCCACGUGACGAUUUGAAUGGGUUAGAUGUUGCUCGAAAAGUCGUAAUUCUUGGUAGAAUUACUGGAAUGAACAUGUGCCUUGAUACAUUACCUGUAGAAAAUAUUGUACCUGAGCCGUUACGUAACUUAGCCACGUCUUCUGAAUUCUUGUCAAGUUUACCAGAAUUUGACUCACAUUUCGAUAAUUUAAAACAAACUGCGAAGAAUAACAAUCAGACUUUAAGAUAUGUUGGAGUGAUUGAUCCUAUUGGUGAUGAAAGUGGUGUAAAGUUGGUUAGUUUACCGCUAUCGCAUCCAUUUGCGGCGCUUAAAGGAAGUGAUAAUAUUAUCGCAUUUACAACCCAGAGGUUUCCUAACCCUUUAAUUAUUCAAGGAGCCGGAGCUGGAGCUGCUGUUACAGCUUUUGGAAUAUUUUCCGACAUUUUAAAAAUUGCUGAUCGAUAG